GCCUUUGCCAUUCCUUGAUCCAGGACACGCAUCUAGGACAGCAAGAGCGCUUUUGCAUGCAAGUACCAGACCUGUUCUCCUUAAAAACAACCUAGAAUAGCUGCAAGCAAAUGUCUCAACAGGAUUUUGUUAUGUUUACGGCUUCAGCGAGUAUUCAUUUUUAAACUGGUCUCGGUGGAACGCAGUGAUUACACACGGCCGGCGUCUUCCCUGGUCCCGCCCCGCCGCUAUGGCGGCUCGUCCGCUCGGGAGGAUGCUCGGGAGCCGCCGCCUGCUGCUCCUGCUCCGCUCCCCGCUGCCGAGCGCCGGCUGCGCCCGCGCUGCGCACAGAGGCACAGGCACAGACCCCCUCACUAAACAAGCUGAAGCAGCUGCUGCUACAGACUGGAAAAAAAAAUUGACUCCGGAACAAUUCUAUGUAACGCGAGAAAAAGGAACUGAACUGCCAUUCAGUGGGAUCUAUCUGAAUAACACAGAAUCAGGAAUAUACUGCUGCGUGUGCUGCAAUGCCCCCCUCUUCAGCUCAGAGAAGAAGUACAAUUCUGGGACUGGAUGGCCAUCUUUUUCUGAGGCUUAUGGUACUUGUGGCAGAGAUGAAAGUAAUACCAAUAUUGUGAGACGACCAGAUAACUCACUGGGGUCAAGUAGAACUGAAGUCAUCUGCAAACAGUGUGAUGCCCAUCUAGGCCAUGUGUUUGAUGAUGGACCCGCACCUUCUGGGCAGAGGUUCUGUAUCAACAGCAUUUCGUUAAACUUCAAACCAGGCUCUGGUCAGUGAGAAGUGGCUCUCUCUGACUUGCAGAACAUUCUUUCUUUGCUUGUACAGCAUGCUUUUAAUACAUAAUUCAAAUUUUAGUAUUUGUGCUGUAGUAGCUUUGUUUUUCAGCUGUUAUCAUUGUUGAUAAAAUACAUAUUUUUGUUUUAACUCUUUGUCAGUCUGUCUUUUCAUGGUUAGUGUGGUGUGUUGAACUGCUUAUUGUAUUUUUUAAUUUAAAAAUCUGUGCAAUAGUUCACAUUUGCAGCUAUCAUCAUUAACUGUAUUGAGGCUGCUGAAAUGAGGUGCUCUCCUGAACCUGACUGCCUAUUCUGAGCAGUAGUUGUGGCACUCAGGAACACAGAUGUAUAUGGCUGAUCAUGGUAAACUUACACUUCUAUAAAAUCAUCAUAUCCUUCUAAAGGGAAGCAAAAAUAACAUGAAUCUUCAAAUAAGGUCUGAGGGGUUUUUUUCCCCCCUGAUAUGAGAGACCCUUAGCUGAGCCAAGUGACUUUUUUGUGAACCCAUAAAAGCAAAGUCCUGAAGGAGGACCUAAUUAAAACUAUUUCAGGCAAUGGAACCAGUGGAGACAUAAAGUCUUUCUUCUUUUAAAUCAAUUAUUUUGAUUCUGUAUCCAAUAGCAGAGUUGAAAUAGGGUUUGCUCCAGAAACUUCUCUUACCGCAAUUAUAUGGUAAUAAUGUAAUGAUACGUGUAAUAUUUUCAGACUUCUGUUAUCACUUGUGUAUUUCAGAAUCCAAAAAUAAAAAUGAAUAUGCUAUUUACUGUAUUUGGGGGAAACAAAUCAGCAUAAAAAAACAGGCUUGGUGAAGUGUUGCUUUUGAUGCCUUGUCUGUUCUUCCUUGUACAAGUUUGUAAAUACUUCUGCGCUCUCCCAAGCAUUGUCAUUACAGUUUGCCCUAACAGCAAAAUAAAUCCUAUGUCUGUUAAAUUGA